AUGGCAGAAGCCACUGCAAAGGAGUGGACCAAGAAUGGAGUAUCCGGUUCACUGGUCGAGUAUGAAGUUUUUCUGAGCUAUCCGAAAGAGCAGAAACUGGUCCUAAGAUCGAGAAAUCGCACGUUGCAUGAGGCCCAGAUGUACGAGGACGCUUUACCGGAAGACGACACGUCAAGCUCUUCUCAAGCGUUACCAGCAUUCCAUGGAUACUCUGCUUCGGGAAAAGUGGAAGCAGAGUAUGUUUAUGUUGGCCGUGGCCACAAAGACGACUUCGCCGCACUCACAGCAUUGAAUAUCGAUCUGAAAGGAAAGAUCGCUCUAGCGAAGUACGGAGGUCCUUUCCGUGGUGUGAAGGUUCUCAAUGCCGACGCCCAUGGCAUGGUUGGAGUGAUCAUGUUCAGUGACCCCGGUGACGACGGACCACAGGAGGCCAAAGGUCAGGUUGCAUAUCCUCAUGGUUCAGCGCGUCAACCGUCCUCCAUACAGCGAGGAUCCGUCGCGUACAUCAACCAAUACCCCGGUGAUCCAACAACACCCGAAUACCCAUCGAAACCUGACGUCGAGCAUGUUAGCAGGCCCCCAAACCUACCUAGAAUCCCGUCUCUGCCCAUAUCCCACCGCGAUGCGUUGCCACUCCUAAAAGCUCUGGACGGCCACGGUAAAUCAGGAGACUUAAUCAAUCGAGACGGAUGGAUCGGUGGCCUGAACGCAACAUACAGCACCGGUCCGGCACCGGAAAUAACCGUUUCCCUUACGAACUUCAUGGAAGAAAAGAUUUCACCAAUCUGGAACGUGAUCGGCACAAUCAAUGGCACGAAUCCUGACGAAACAAUCAUCAUCGGCAACCACCGCGACGCCUGGAUUGUCGGCGGAGCCGCGGAUCCCAAUUCUGGCUCCGCCAUCUUGAUCGAACUCACAAAGGCUUUUGGCAACUUAUUACAAUCAGGUUGGAAGCCACGGCGGAACAUCAUCUUCGCCUCUUGGGAUGCGGAAGAAUACGCACUAAUCGGGUCAACGGAGUGGGUCGAAGAAUACGCUCCCUGGCUGUCCGCCACCGCAUUAAUCUACCUGAACGUUGAUAUCGGCGUCGCAGGUCCACUUCCCGGCGCAGGUGCUACCCCCGAAUUACGAACCCUCGCGCAGGACAUCAUGAAGAAAGUUGAAUACGGUAACAAGACUUUGUACGAUGCUUGGCAUGAGUUGUACAUGUUCCGGCCUGAGGACAAUGGUUUUACGGAUCUUGGGAGCGGAAGUGAUUACACGGCGUUUCUGCAGUUGGGUAUCGGAGCUCUGGACUUUGGUAUGGAUGCGAGUCGCGAAUCGCCAGUCUAUCAUUACCACAGCAACUACGACUCGUAUCAUUGGAUGAAGCGCAUGGUUGAUCCCGAUUUCGGGAUCCAUACGACUGUAGGGCGGUUCAUUGCAUUACUAGCAUACCACUUGGCGGACGAUGCUCUCAUACCGUUCGAUAUGGAUACGUAUGCGCGCAACAUCAACUAUUGGAUCCGGGAGCUGGUCGGAGAGACAAUGGGCAUGCCGGAUAGCGGGGCUGUACAGCGACAAAUCAAGAUGGGCGAUCUUGCAUCUGCGGGAAGGAGGUUACGUCAGGUCGCCACCGAUUUUACAGACCGAACCAGGGAGCGGUCGUUCCUCGACGACGCGGCGAGGGUGCAGAAAGCGAACCGCGUUAUGAAGGAUGUGCAGAGGCUGUUUGUUAGACAAGAGGGUCUACCUGGUCGACAGUUCUACAAGAACGGCUUGUAUGCGCCGAAUCGCGAUGAUGGGUAUAAGGCACAAACUCUUCCGGCGAGCAUGGAGGCGCUUCAAGAUCGGAACUUGACGUUGUGUUCGGAGUGGAAUGUCUGGCUGACGGAGGCUAUUGAUAAAGCGGCAGAGCUAUUGGCGGGUGUUUGA